AUGAGUGGAAUCACACACGUACCCAGUGAUCUGACAUUAACUUCGUUUCCUUUUGACUUGAAGGAGGAUGAAACUGCAGAAACCGGGAAUUCCAAGUCGUUUAUGGGCUUUUUCAACCGACUGUUCACUGAAAACAACACUGAAGUUCCUUCAUCUUCCCCUGCCUCACUACCGAGUAUAGAAGAGUCUACUGCAACUGAAAGUACACCUUCUCAAGCUAGUCCAGUCUCAGGUAUUUUCAUUUUCCUUGUUUAAUUUUUAGGUAACACUUCAAACACUAAAUAAGAAAAAAUGAAAAAGAGCCAAUGGCUAUUUAAAUAUUAGUUUGAAGGCUCCAUUGAAUCAAAUUUUUGUAGAUGCUUCUCAAACCCCAAGCAGUAGCAGAAAAGUGUCGAAGUUAACAAAAUUGUUAAAACCUGGAGUUGAUAAGGACUUGAUCGACUACAAUGGCAGCGUGUUUAAAACUUACUGGAUGCCAGAUUCUGCUGUACAAGAGUGCUAUGAAUGUCAUGAAAGAUUUACAACGUUUCGGCGAAAACAUCAUUGUCGAUUUUGUGGCCAAAUAUUCUGUAGUAAAUGUUGUAGUAGACAGGUUUCUGGAGAAGAACUAGGUUUGUCUGUUUUUGAACAAAUACUGUUUAAAAAGUUUAAAUUAUUAUGGGUUUAUAUUACAAAUAACAUUGGUUUUAGUUACCUAAAAUUUUGUUCUAGAUAAUUUAAAACGUUUUUAGGUUAUAGCGGCUUGUUGAGGUUGUGUACCUAUUGUUUCGAACGAGUGGCUCUUCAUUUUAGUAAUCAUGACAGGCAAUCUAGGGCCCAAACACCAAUUCAAAGUUCUCCAAGUAUUAAAAGGAAGGUAUCUAAUACUGUGACACCGGUAGUAACAAAUAUCGCCAAUGAUAACAUAGUCAAUACUGACGACGACGUUCCAGAUAUUUUAAGUGGAGCUGGGAAGCCGGGUGUUCAAGGUAAUUGGAACGUUGCGAAUUUAUUGUUUUAAAUUUAGGGUUCAUUUAAAAAAUCUAAAAUUUGUUAUCUAAAUUUAUAAAAAAAUACCAAAAAUACUUUAUAAACGCACUUUUCAGAAGUCCAACUGCCAGAAUUCGACUCUUAUUUGUCAUCGUACGAGCCCCAAGCAGAAGAAAACGAACCAGAUUGGGUCAAGAAUCUCCGGACCAAAGAUGAUUCAGUAAGUACGGUAUUCGCUCCGACUUCAGCUUCUGUUAAUGCUCAAGUAGUGUCCGAGAAGCACGAGACUACACCAUUUGAAGUUAAGACAAGAUGGGACACUUUCCUGUGUGAUCAGGACAGUCCACCAUCGAAUGCUCAGGUGUUCGAAGCCAAGACUAAUGCUUUGUUGGAUUACCUUUUUGAGUACGAACAGAUCUCCAAAGACAUCUGGAAGCCGUUACUGGUACCGUUGGCUCAGGAAAUUGUAAAUGCGGUCAAUGUGGAUACAACGAAUCGACCAAAGUUGAUCAACAUACUGGACUACGUUCAUAUCAAGAAGCUUUGUGUCACCGGUGAACGCUCGGUUGAGGUGAGUUGAGAUGUUUAUUAGGUUGAUUAUGUUAAUGUUGUCACCUUUUAUUAUUAAUAUUACCUUUACCUUUUUUAUAUAACUUUGAGUUAUUUAGAAAGUGAACGGUGUUGUUUUUACUAAAGCUCUUCAUCAUCGUUCUAUGGCAAGGUACGGCGAGAAUGCCUCAGUUUUACUAUUGGCUGGUAACAUAUCAUACGAACGAGUUCUGGAGAAAAUGUCAUCACUAGAACCAAUUCUGCAACAAGAAGUGGAGUACUUGAAGAAUCAAGGUAGGUUUAUUUUUAAGUAUAUUGUUAGAUUCUGCUUCUCUUUUACAGUUAAUAGUCAUAAUAUUAUGGGUUUCAAUAUAUUAAUAUCAUAAGGAGGUAUAUACAAUAUUAUUUUUUUAGUUGAACGUAUAUCGUCGCGGAAAGUGAACCUAGUCUUUGUGGAACAUAGCAUCUCUACUUUGGCUGUAGAUAUGUUCUUAGAAGCUCAGAUUGGAGUUUGUACUGGACUAAAGUCUUUGGUAUUGGAGAGACUGUCAAGAUGUACUGGAGCCGACAUCAUUAAGUCUCUGGACGCUCAGUUUCUGCAACCAAGGAUCGGAUUCUGUCCUCGGUUCUACGAAAGAUCAAUACGAUUGGCUAAUGGGAGCGAGAAACAACUUAUUGUAAGCUUAACUAGUAGUUUUGUCAUUUUAUAAAAUUACUGAUUGCUGUUUAGGUAUUUUAUUAGUAUUAUAAUUUUAUAUUAUGAAUUUCCUUAUUCUAGGUAUUGGACGAAUGCGAUGGCUCUCUAGGAGUAUCGGUAGUUAUCAGAGCAGAAUCCAACCGCGAACUGAAGGGAGUCAAGAGGAUUCUGAAGCUUCUGCUACAAGUAUACUACUCCAACAAGUGUGAAUUGGCCUUCCUCCAGCUGUUCAACUCUACAGGACCCUUGGCGACAUCUUCUUGUGAUGUUUGUGCUGCCAAUCAAGCUGAUGAUUCUGACAGAAACGAAGAUUCAGAUUUUGGGGUAGCUUUGAAUGAAUGUCAUCUCACGAAUACACCACUGAUUAGGAUCGUAGCUCCGUAUUUGGAACGGGAAUCUGGCAAAAAUUGUUUUUUGCUGGAUUACAUCAAAAAGGUGAGUAUAUAUGAUAUUUUUUAGUCGAUUUCAAAAACUUAUCUUCAGUACUUUGUUAAGAGCUGCAUUCUUUUGUGUCAAAGUAAUUUAAUGUCAACAUCGCUUAUUUUACUCAAUUUUAGCCUCCUUUCCAUUUCUAUAAGAAAUCAGAACUGAUCGAAAUGGCAGAAGCCGAAGUUGAGGUGGAGAAGAAGAUCAAGAGGCUGGAAGAAGACAUGAAAGAGAACAAGAUAGCAUUGGAGAAGAAGCAUGUUCAUUCUGUACUUAAAAGCACCAACAUACGAUCUUCUAAUCUGGACUUGUCCGAAUAUAGGGUUAGGUCAGCCUUUUUGGCACGGCGACUGACUGAAGUCCAAAAGGAGAUGGACGAGAAGAGGUAUGUUAUCAUUAGUCUUCAAACAAAAUCAUAUUUCAGCGCAGAACAAGAACAUCUGCUUCUCAAACAGGCCUUCCACAAGUUCGAAAAGCCCGCUAGUCGAAACGUGGACGUACUCAAUCCCUACAAACAUCAACGUCGUGCUUUCUUGUACUGUGCUGAAGGUGUGGCCCGCCGAUGGUUGAACUCUGGCUCGUUCUGUUCGGGACCAUCAGUACUAGUUUGGAGGUUUUACAGUGGAGGGGAGGAUCUGACACUCGGAAACUUCUUGAAGAGAUUUUGUUUCAAUGCUGAAUACAAAUGCAAAGAGUGUGACAAAGGGAUGGUGGACCACUUUAGGAAGGUGAUACAUCACAAUUCGUGUAUCGAGAUAACGACUCAAGUGAUUGGCCCAAAAAGCUCCUUGGCAGAGUACUGUAAUACGGACGAGAUCAACGAAUUCGACAAACAGAUUCUGAUUGCGUGGAGAUUGUGCUCCAAAUGUAACGCCAAAACCAAGGUGAGUAGUAGUAGAAGUGAUUUUUAAACCAAGCACUUUAAUUAUGAUUGUCAAACUUGAUGUUGUCAAUAGUAAUGAAUAAGGUUAUAUAAAAAUAUGAUUAGGUAUGGCCAGUGAACGAACUUGUCCAGAACCUGAGUUUCGCCAAGUUCAUCGACUACCUCUCGAAUGCCGUGAACUGGAUCUCCGAGACUGAAAAAGAGUGUAAACACUGUACCUUCCAUGAGUCCAAACACUUCUUUGCAUCGAAUGGCAUGGUUACCAUGUUCUCUGUGUCUACAGUAAACCCCCUCCACGUUCUGUUCGCUCCAAUGAUUUGUGAAACAAAGCCCAGGCUGGUGCCUUCUAGGAGUUUGGUCACCGAAUUCAACGAACUUUCUCGGCUGGGACAAGAAGUCUUCAAACACGUUACUGAAUCGUGUACUGAGAAUCUGUGUCUGAGUUAUGUUAAGCAGCUGGAAAACUACUUAAAGUAUGUUUUUUGGUGAUUUUAUUGGUAGAAAGGAGUACAUCUGAACAGCAAUAUGAUACUUUUAUUGAGAUUUGUACUUUUAAUUUUGUUGGCAAUAGUCUAAUAUAAUGCGUUGCUAGUACUCUCAAAGAAGCAUUCGACGAAGACGGCUCUAUCCAGACGUCAAGUGAAGUUUACACAGACAAUCCUAUCGUUGUUAAGGUAAAUCUUUGUCAUGACUUUGAAAAAUAUUUACUUAACAUUUCAUCAUAAGUUUACGUAAGCUAAUAUUUUUAGUCUGAAGGUAAGCUGAUCCUGAUAAAACAUUUUUUGAACGCCGUGAUCGAGGAAUGGAACGACCGACGAGGCCAACAAACUACAGUAAUCGAGCUGGAUCCAAUGGCCAAACUCAAGAAUUUGUGUGCCAAAUUCAAUCUCUCAUUGACGGUGACAGAAGACAAGGAAGACUUCUCUCGUCUCGAUACCCAAACUCUCAUCAGAAGCCGAGAUUCAGAGCCCAAGGACAUUAGCAAGAGUCAGAGUGUCCAGUUCCCAAAUCCAUUCGAAAAAGAGUACCACCUUGAACUACCCAUCCACAAGUCGGUUACUCCGGUCGUGGUCAGAGACUCUCCUGAUGGAAAGGCUGACAUCGGAUCGGUAAGUUGUAAUUUUGAAAUUUCAUUUUUAUGUCAUGUAGAAUGGAUGUUUUCAUUGUUACGUGUUAUUAUUUUGUAUCAAAGAUCUGCAAUGUAUUGUUAUAGAUGAUAGCCUUUGCACUGUCUUCACGAGAUUACCACGACAAAAAGAAAAUGUUGUCCACCAAAUCUCUUCGUCCACAGUCAAGAAACCCAUCGACUAGUUCGUUCAGUAGCUGGUCCAAUUUGAGUAAUACUGCCGUUUUCCCUCAGAUUCCUCAACAAGCAAUACCUUCUCCUAAACUGGAAGCCAUUCCUGUGGAUGAUCCGACAUCUACUGCAGUUGAAGUGGAGUUUUCCGAUACAAAAGCACACUACUAUGUAAAGGUAGGGGAUUCGGCUAAUUCAGAGAUUUAUGGUGUUAAAAGUUCAGAAAAAUCAUUAUAAAAAUAGAUUCCUAGGCAAAAAAUGAGUUCACAGCUACUAAUACACGUUUAAUCUUUUAGGUAUACUUUGCGGAAAGCUUCCAAAACCUGAGGGAAAAACUAUUUCCUGCCAAUGAAAACGCGUUUAUCCGUUCGAUAUCAAAAUCAGAAGGCUGGUCCCCUCAAGGAGGCAAGUCUGGAGCGUCCUUCUACAGAACCAAAGACGAGAGGUUCGUAUUCAAACAAAUGUCAUACGUCGAAAUGGAAUCCUUUAAGAAGUGUGCUCCCAAGUACUUUGAGUACAUCAACAAGUCUUUGAAUGAAAAGAAGCUGACAGCGCUUUGCAAGGUAUGUCAUCACUAAUCAACGAAUAAAAGUGUUGUCAGUGUAGUAUAUAAUGUAACCAUUACUGUAUUUUUUAGAUUUACGGUGUAUUCCGAGUAGGCUACACAUCCAAGAAAGGUGGACAACUGAAGAUGGACCUCCUCGUCAUGGAAUACCUAUUUUAUGACAAAAAAGUGAAACAAAUGUGGGAUCUAAAGGGAUCACUCAGAAACAGAUGUGCUUCUACCAAGACUGACAUGCCCGUCUUGUUGGACGAGAAUCUUGUGUCAGAUCUGUGGGGUAAUCAACUUUAUGUCCACCACCAUUCCAAGGUUGCCCUUAAGCAGGCGAUUACUAAUGACAGUCACUUCUUGAGCAACCAGGUUGGUCAUUGUAACUAAUGUAACUUUAAAUAUUUGAAAAUGCUUUUAACGCCAAAACUAAAAAAUUAUCAUCUCUUCGAUUGAUAACAAAAAUCGACCAUUUCAGGGUAUCAUGGACUACAGUUUACUAGCCGGCAUCUGCGAAGAUACGAACGAAGUUGUGGUUGGAAUCGUCGACUAUAUGAGGACAUACACCUUGGACAAGAAGGUGGAAAGUUUUGUCAAAACUGCCCUCCCCAAUACUCAUCUUCCUACCGUAAUCAGCCCCGAAAACUACUGUAAACGGUUCUGUGAUGCAAUAGACUGUUACUUUGCAAUGGCUCCAGAUCAAUGGACAUGCCUCGACUCAACGGUUACUUAG